AGCACUGCCGUUCCUUAUCGCCUAAUGAUAUCGUGUAUGUUUUGGUGCGAGGAGGUUAUCCCACGACGAUGAGCGUUUUGAAUUUGUUGCCUGCACUAUCGCGAUUAUCGGUGCACGGUUUACCUGGCGUUCGAAACAUAUCGGCAUGCACCGAUCCGUUGUACUUCAGAGUCACCGGCGCGCUUUUAGGAGAACCAUUGAAGAAAAAGAAAAGAUUAGACCCCGCGAUUAUCAGGGCGCGAGAAGAAAGGAAGAAGAAGAAGAUAGAAAAGCAAAUUCGUAGAUUACAGAAGCAAGUUAAGCAGCUGAAGCCAAUCAGCGAGUUGGAAGUGCCAUCAAAAUUAAUAGACGAAAAGGAGCAAAGACUGCGAAAACUUCCACCGAUAUCGGAAGAGGAGGCGGAGUCUCGGAUUUUAUUGCAAAAGAGCUGGAAUAAAUACAAGACUCAACAGCAUGUCGCUACCGUUCAGGCAAUAGAUUCUAUCUUUUAUUCGCAGCAAAGAGCGCUCGACGAACUGAGGGCGGAAUCUGAGGACUUGUACCAAGAAGCGACACAAUUGGAUUUAGAGCUAUUAUCGCAUACGACGAAAGGUCCGUUAAAAACGCCCGCGAUAGAAAAUUAUGACAGCCCUGAUGGCGAGUAUACGAACAUCACUCGGAAAUUUGACGGAGAGGAAUGAGCGUUUGCUAUACGAAAGAGUGGAUUUCACACCAGAGAAUACGUAUAAAUAAAACGUAUAUUUCCAGCUUAAAAUAUGAAUUCAUACAUUUAAUGUUACAUGAAUUCCUCAUAAAAUAUAGAAAGCGAUAGAAGCAAAUAAACAAUUUAGUAUAAGGA